UCAUAACUGCGAGGAAAUGUUAAAAUGGCAACUUGGGAAGAUAAAAGACCUAGGGUUCAUGGACAGACGCGGACUUCUUCACAACAUGAUCAACAUCAAGCGGUAGCAACAGCAUCGUUUAAUCCGCAGAUAGUGUCGUUGAGUACAGGACAAAGCGUUAUGUUCCCGCCCAGCAAAUCCAAUAGUGGAACAUCAAAUACGUUAAGCAAGUCUUUCGUAAAUACAAGACCUUUGUCUGAAUCAACAGCACACAUUUUUUCCAACACGAUCGGAGUUACCCGACCAAAGCAGUUUCCAAGGACUCCUGAAACCAGUAGCACUAGCAAAGCUUGGCCAGAUGCGUCGUUGAACAGUCCAAACAAUGACAAAAAAUCAGACAGAGGAGUUAGUUUUGAUAAUAGCGGACAAUGUCAAAUUGGAAUCAAUAUGUCCUUCGAGAUCUGUGGAAUACAAGGAAGAACACUGGAAUGGUUCAACUGUGAAAGUAGCGAUUACAUGAAAUGGAAAUGUGUCAUGUCGUCAGCCGCAAAGAUAUAUGAAUGUAACGAGAAAUUGAAAAGAACGUAUGAAAAAAAGAUACCUACAACUUGUUAUAAAGAAAAUGAGGAUUUACCUCCAUCCAGGGGAAAUGUGUGCUUUGGAAGAGAUAAUAUGCUGGUAGUAGGAUUUCCACUUACCAACAAGGAACAUGCGAAACAGAUAGCAAGGCAGGUGUUAGCUAUAAUUUGUAAUGAGAUGGAACUAAUGGUCGAGACAUAUGAUGUUAACAAAAAUGAAAUUAAGAAAGCUGUAGAACAAAUGAAAAAGACUGUUUUGGGAAAUGCAUAUGUUGACGCCAUCAAAAGUAAAGUUUUUGUAGUGUUUCAAACCUCCCUUAGGGAGCAAGUAAAACUAGCAUUAAAUAAAUGUAUUGAUUGCAAAGGAGGGGAUUUUAUGAAAGAAGAAAGGGUGCUGUUGAAAAAGAAGCUUAGCAAAUUUACUGACAAUAUAAAACAGAGAUUGUUUGACAUCAGUCCUCUCUUGUCCGUACGAUUUCAAGCGGGUGAUGACAGUCUAAUCUGCAUUUUAAGAGGAACGGAAACAUCACUGCUUGAGGGAAAAGAUAUAUUAAGACGUUCUGAAAAGGAAUUAAAAGAUAGAAGAGUUACCUUCACAACAGGUAUACACUUAGCGUUGCGUGAGUUAUAUGUCGAAAGCCUGAUCAAUGACCGGUUGAAUAAAGAAUAUUCAGGAUGCAUUGCAGAGCAAGAGCAAAAUGAAAUACAUAUAUACGGACUGGUUGAUGAGACCGAGCUCAAAAAAGCAUGUCUGUUUGUCGGCGGAAUGAUUAUUGAAUGUAAACCGAUUCCUUUGUGCGGGGAUCUCAGGGGAAACAGAAAAGAUAUUAUUGAGACACAUUUUCGUACGAAAUUUAAAGAUAAGCUUGCUGUAAGUGUAGAUAGUUCAUGGCGAUUGCACUUAGUCGGGUUUAAAGAGGCAGUAAUUGAAGCAAAAGAAGAACUCAAUGAAAUAAAAGAAGGUAGAGUUUCAGUACCUACAAGAUUCUCGUGUCAAGAACAUGAAAAAGAAGAAACUGAAUACUACCGAGUGCGUAAAAAAGUACACUCCCGUUUCAUGGAAAAAUCUGUUUUAUUGAAAAACAUAGCAGAGAGGUUUAACGUAAAUAUAAACCUUCAACAAAAACAGUACCGUGUGGAAAUUAAAGGAUCAAGAGGAAAUGUACAACAAGCAUUGGAGGAACUGGAAACUAUUGGGAAAGCCAUUUGUUCUGAAGACGCCGUAUUUUCGAAUCAACAAGCUGUGACAUUUUUUGCAAGAAAUCAUAGUAACGAUUAUAUGGAUUCUCUCGAACGCCAAUGUGACGUUUUACUUGAGAAAGAAGUCGUUUUCAAAACUGAUAAAAUAGCAGUUACAAAGCGGUUGUUUGCAGAAAAUAUUAUAUGGUCGGACUCGUUUGGAAGAGAAUUGGUUGUUGAGAUAAACCAUUGGGAUGAUGUACAAACAUCAGUCAAAGUUUACCCGAAAGUACAAGAUCCAAAUGAAAGAAGAUUUUCCAGAAACAGUAAAUGUGUUACAAUGGGUGUGCCAUGUUGGAUCGAUGGGAGACGGUCGGAAGAAUCCGACUUGGAACGUCUUGUAACAACUCUGUUGACAAAAGUAUCGGAUGGAAAAGAAAAAUCAGUUGCUAUGCCUAUAACACCUAUUGUAAACUGGCCAUUCGAUGAAUAUAUAAGCUGUUUUGUGAAAAGUUCAGUACGCUGGCUACUGGAAAGGUCUAAUGACUUACCUAAAUUGGUAUUGCUGUUCACAGAUUCGCGGGAUUACUUACAGAGGACAGAUACCUAUAUUGAAGAAUAUGUGACAAACAUGCUGAAAGAAUUACAAAAUAAGUCCAAAGCACCAGAUAUUCGUCUCAUAAAAGGAAAAUUAGACCAAACAAAGGCAGAUGUGCUAGUGAAUACAACCGCACCAAAUUUGGAUUUGUCGUAUGGUAAAGUAUCAUUAGCUCUCUUGAAUGCCGCCGGACGUAAGCUUCAACAAGAAUGUAGAGAUCAGCAUCCAAAGGGAAUUACGCCGGAUAUGAUUGCUGUGACUGGUGGUUACAAGCUGAUGUGUAAACAAGUCUUUCACAUUACUCUUCCGCGAUACGAUGGAGACACAAAGAACGACAUAGAGAAGAGACUUUAG